CAAUUUUAUUUAAAAUUUCCAUCUAAUUGUCAUAUCAACCGUCAACAAUCCUUCAUUUAGCUCAUUGUCAACUUGAUUUUGAUAAUGAACUCCAGGAAGAAAAGUAAAAGAAGAGAUUUCAAACUUGGAACAGGCAAUCUAGCAAUAAUUUAAUCCAAGUUGCAGCUAUAAAAAUAGUUUUAAUCCAUCGGAAAUAGUCGAAAAUCUAUUUGAAGUUGAGAGGAAAUCGAAUCGAAGCGUACCGGAGACGGUUAAAUGUCGGAGGAAAGACGGUCGCCGUUGACGGCGGAUAUGAGAUCGCCGGCUCCGCUACUGUACCGCCGGCAUUCGAGCGGCGAGAUCAGGAACCUUGCUUCGAUUUCCAGCAGUUUGUUGCCGGCUUUCGGUACGGUUGUCGGAGAUGGCACCGUCAAUCUAAAAAAAUUCGUUAUCGCGCCUUACGAUCGACGAUACAGGUGGUGGCAAACCUUUCUAGUGGUGUUGGUGGUUUACUCGGCGUGGGCGUCGCCGUUCGAGCUCGCUUUCCGGAAAAUGUCGACUAGCGCACUUUUGCCAAUUGAUUUAGUGGUCGACGCCUUCUUUGGCAUCGAUAUUAUUCUAACUUUCUUCGUUGCGUAUCUCGACAAAGCUACAUACUUGCUCGUCGAUGAUCACAAGAAAAUAGCCUUGAGGUAUAUUUCGCAUUUAUGGUUCCCGAUGGACGUAGCCUCGACCCUUCCGUUCCAAACUUUGUACAAAAUUUUCACCGGGAGAACUUCCCAUAGCGAUGCUUUCGGCUUCCUCAACUUGCUCCGGUUGUGGCGUCUCCGUCGCGUCAGCGAACUCUUUUCAAGGUUGGAGAAGGACACAAGAUUUAGCUACUUUUGGACAAGAUGCAUCAAACUAAUUUGUGUGACGCUAUUCGCCGUGCACACUUCCGGAUGCUUCUAUUUUUGGCUCGCCGUGCAUUAUCGCACAGCGGACAACACAUGGAUCGGAGUACAAGUUCCGAAUUUUCAGGAGAGGAGUGUGUGGUUAGGAUACACAUAUUCGAUGUAUUGGGCGAUCGUCACUCUGUCGACGACCGGAUACGGCGACCUCCACGCCGAGAACACGGGGGAGAAGGUAUUCUCCAUUUUCUACAUGCUUUUCAACAUCGGCCUCACCGCCUAUUUGAUCGGAAACAUGACCAAUCUCAUCGUCCACAGCUCGGUCCGGACAUUCGCCAUGAGGGAUGCGAUCAAUGAGGUCCUAAGAUAUUCGAGCAAGAACCGGCUUCCCGAGAGCUUAAAGGAGCAAAUGCUCGCGCACGUCACGCUGAAAUUUAAGACCGCGGAACUUCAGCAAGAAGAAGUACUCGAAACUUUGCCUAAGGCCAUACGAUCAGGAAUUUCACAACAUUUGUUUCGCGCAACCGUAGACAAUAGCUACCUCUUCAAAGGAGUCUCCGAAGACUUCAUCGUCCAACUGGUACCCGAGAUGCGGGCAGAGUACUUCCCACCGAAAGUAGACGUCGUAAUACAAAAUGAAAUACCGACGGAUUUCUACAUCAUAGUCUCCGGCGCUGUGGAUGUUCUAACAAACAACAAUGGGAUGGAGCAGUACCUGUCGAAGCUAGCCUCGCCGGAAAUGUUUGGCGAAAUCGGCGUGAUGCUCAACAUUCCUCAGCCGUUCACAGUGAGGACUAAACGACUAUCGCAGGUCAUUCGGAUUAGCCACAAUCACUUCAAGCAGUUGGUGCAGCCGCUCAGCGAUGACGGGAAGAUCAUUGUAUCGAACUUUCUUCAGCACUUGAGAGACUUGAAAAAGGAGGAGCUAGAGGAGAUCCCAUCGGCCAUCGACUUAUUAGGCGAAUCGAAUGCUGAGACAACAGUGCCUUCCGGCGAGCCUCAAGGAUCAGAGGGACAUAGCGACGAAAUGCAGAGAAACUCGACCGUUCGUGCCCCAGGCAUGCUCCCUAUACGGGUGGUGCUUCACGGACACCAUCCCAAUAGCCGAGACGAUGAGGAAGAUGGGGGAAAACUUGCUCAUCUUCCUAACACAAUCGACGAGCUUUUGUCAUUAGCCGAGAAGAAGUUUGGGAGACGAGGAACGAGGAUUCUUAUGGCGGAUGGUUCCGAGGUCGAAGAUUUAAGGGCCUUGAGAGAUGACGAUCACUUGUACAUAUUUUGAACAAAGCAAUCGAACAAUGAAAUUUGUAUCUUGUCCUAAUCCUUGUAUUGUUUACUUAUGUUUUUUAUUAUUUUUUAUUAUUAUUA